GGCACGAGGAAGGCCUAAAGCACACAUAUCGCCAUGCAGAUUCUGCAAUAUGCAGUUCAAACGACUCGAACAUCUGCAGCGACACGAGCGAAUCCAUAGAAGUGAUUCAGCCUUCGUUAUUCCGUGGAAUAUAUCCCCUUCUACUUAUGAAAUAAUAUGUAAUGCCAUUCGCAUGCAUGCGGGGAUUCUUCCGAUGACAUUUACUAUUCCCUCUCGCCAUACAAUAUCCCGAUAUAUCGAAGGCUACUUCAGAGGUUUUCAUGAACACUUUCCAUUUCUUCAUCCCCCAACAUUCCGAAUAGAUACAGUUGCUCCGGAACUUCUCCUUUCCAUGGCUGCUAUGGGAGCAUUGUACCGUUUUGAACACACGAAAGGAUACGAGCUCUACUUUACCUCCAAGGCUAUCGUUCUGCAUCUACUUCAGCAGCGCAGCGGAGUUGCAGCACACAAUCUGAUGAAUAGGAAUAUCAGCCCACGUUCAGAUAGUCCAAAACAGCCACUCUCCCCCGCUGAGAUCCAAACAAUGCAAGCUCUCCUCAUUCUCGUGGAUAUGGCAACAGGAUCAGGCGAACCACUGUCACAAGACAGCCUACCACUAGGAGGUCAACUGGCAGUUCUCACUCGACAGGGAGGACUAGGAGUUUACGACGAAAUUGAAACCGACGCCGAAUGGAAAGACUGGGUGCGGCGUGAGGAACGACGGCGGACAAUGUUCUUCGCCUAUAUCCUUCUGAAUAUUCAAAGUAUUGCUUUUGAUAUUCCUCCGUUGAUUAUGAAUCGGGAGAUCGGGUUAUGUCUUCCCCAUUGCAAUGUAGAAUGGGUGACUACGACGGAAACAGAAUGGAGGCAUAUGCGAAAUAAAUACGGACAUACAGAACAGCAGUUCUAUCCAACUCUGAAUAAGAUCCUACAAGGGAAAGAUGUGUAUACAGCGGAGCCUCUGUCAUCUCUGGGAAACUAUGCUCUCAUUAAUGCUCUUAUUCAAAGGAUAUUCUUUGAACGACAAAUUUCUGACGGUCCAGAUCUACAGUCCGACAAGGUCAAAGUCCUUGAAAUAGCUCUCCAAGCAUGGCAACGAUCAUGGGAAGCAACAUUCGAGUCAUCUCUCGAUCCCUCCUCUCCCAAGGGCCCAUUGGGAUUCAACUCCGCCGCACUAUUGCGUCUCGCCUAUCUACGAUUGAACGCCAACCUGGGCCCAUCUCGUAAUCUGAGCUCCUUGAAUCCACAGGAUAUUUCAGCUGCAUUCACGCAGAAUAGCGCCAUAUUCACCCGGUCUUCCCACGUCGACCGCGCCGUCCUGCAAUGUAUCCACGCUUUGAGUAUUCCCAUUCGAGUGGGGAUCCCGUUCGUGGCCUCAACGCAGACCAUGAAUGGGAGUAUACCGCAUCCAUUAUGUACUCUCGAAUGUGCAUUUCUUCUUAGUCGAUGGCUAGGGUCAAUAUCAGAUACUAUCCAGUCGUCCCCCGCUGGGCUAGACUCACUCCGCGAAGACGAGAGAAAGCUCCUAGGUAUGAUCAUCAGUCUUAUCAGAGAGACUGACCGGGCGGGAUCUCUUGAGAGGAAUGAGCAUGAUUCUUUUUGUAUUCAGCGUAUGGCAGCUACGACGGUUAGACUAUGGGCUGAGACAUUUAGAGGUGUUCAUGUAUUUCCAAUUGUGAGUAUCGUCGGACAGAGUCUUUCAACUAUUGCAGAUAUAUUGGAAGGACAGCUAGGAGUUAUAGCAUAGUGUAAUCACUCAUAAACAUGAAACACCUUCGCUAUAACCUCCCACUUCCCAUCCAGCUUGAUCAACGUCAAGAAAUCUGUAUAGUCCCUGCCUGACCCAUCCUUUUCCAUAUCCACCUUGACCAUAGCCGUACUACCUGUGAUGCCGAUCACAUUCAAACGCGUCUUAACAUGAGGUGCAGAACCGUGUUGGUCGAUGUAAUCGUAGAGGUUUUUGAUCGGGCCACCGAGGAGAUUGCCAUUGAGGAGACCAUACAUGAUUGCAUCUUUGUGGAAGGCUUCGGAGACGGUUUCGGAGCUGCCGGUUUGGAGGCCAUCAACGUAUUUGCUCUCGGCGGCGGUGAUGUCGUCGUAUUGGGAGGUGGGGAUUUGUUUGGUUG